AUGAUGCCCAUGGUCUUUGAAGUCUCAAGCAGCGUGACGCUGCUGUUUGACUUCUGGCAUGUGAACAGCCCUGGAGGUAUGUUUGUGUCAGUGCUAGUGGUCAUGCUGCUCACAAUUUUAUAUGAAAUGCUCAAAGUUUGGAGGUUGUGGCUUGGAAGGGGCCCGUCGUUGAAAGAAUAUUCGACUCCUUAUGCUGGCACACCAUCCCACCAAAUCGACAACAGUUCUGUGCUAGAAAACAGCCACUCCGAAAGCUCUUUGACGACAGGAGAAUCAAGCUCUUUCUUUCCAAACAACAAGGCCAGUUGGUUGCUACACGGAAUCCAGACAUUGCUCCACUUCCUGCAGGUGACUUUGGGCUACAUGCUGAUGUUAUGCGUCAUGUCCUUCAACACUUGGAUCUUUCUCGGCGUCAUUUUGGGUUCUGCACUGGGUUAUUUCAUCUCAUUUCCACUGCUAGAGCAGUUUAGAUGA